CACCACUACAAACACCAUCAUCACAAACACCAUCAUCACCACUGCAAACACCAUCAUCACAAACACCAUCAUCACCACUACAAACACCAUCAUCACAAACACCAUCAUCACCACUGCAAACAUCAUCAUCACAAACACUAUCAUCACCACUGCAAACACCAUCACCACAAACACCAUCAUCACAAACACCAUCAUCACAAACACCAUCAUCACAAACACCAUCAUCACAAACACCAUCAUCACAAACACCAUCAUCACAAACACUAUCAUCACCACUACAAACACCAUCAUCACAAACACCAUCAUUACCACUGCAAACAUCAUCAUCACAAACACUAUCAUCACCACUGCAAACACCAUCACCACAAACACCAUCAUCACCACUGCAAACACCAUCAUCACAAACACCAUCAUCACCACUACAAACAUCAUCAUCACAAACACCAUCAUCAACACCACCAUCAUCACCACAAGUAAUUUCACACCAUCUCCUCUCUAUUUUAGGGAAACUCCACACUUGCGUAAAAGAGGGCGAACCUGGAUAUGAAUUCUCAUAUAAACUGAGAAUUCAUUCCGAUGAAAAACUUUACGAGGGAGACAUAGCCGUUGUAUUUUGUAAGUUCUGCUAUGCCCAUGGUAAAAACAUUGUAUUAAUAAAGUUAAAGGCACAGUUCAGCCUUUUGAGUGAUGGUUUUUAAGGCGCAUUUCAGCCCUUUUAAUUGAAAAAAUUAACCAGGAAAAUCAAUUACGCAUAAUUCAAGAUCAGCAAACUUAAUAUUUUUUAACAUUUUUAUUGUUAAAAACAUUGAGUUUACAGUUAGUUUUUUCAAUUAAAAAGGCUGAAAUGCGCCUUAAAAACAUCAUUCAAAAGGCUGAACUGCGCCUUUAACAAACAACUAGUUAAAUAAGUCACCAGUAUGCGACAGAAAGAUUAAAAUACCGUAUCGAUCAUACCACUGUAAAAAACGUCUAUAUAUUCAAAUACAAAAUUGGUUUGUUCCACGAGUUUAUAUCAAACACUUGAAGUCGACUAAAAUUAUAUUAAUGAACUAAUUAUUCACAGAUUUAAUAAUUGGUUCGUUAAUGGACAUCAAUUAGCUCUUUAAAUUACCUUAAUUAGUUCGUUUAUUGGCAUUAUUUAGUUCGUUUUUUGACAUUGAAUUCAUUAAUUGACCUUAAUUAAUUCAUUAAUGCUAAUUAGUUGCUUAAUAACUUUACAUUGUAGCCAAUAAACGCACAGGUGAUGAAGCUGAUUCAAAAAGCAAGGACAAGGAAUGUGCGAUGGCUUUUGUAGUACACGUUACUGCGUCGAAAGGAAUGGAAUAUGAUUUCUCUUAUGACAAAUGUUUUAUGCCAAGUAAGAAUAAUCUUAUUGAUUUGCGCGUCCAAAUCAAAUUGCAGUAGAGAAUCAUAACAUGCAAUUAUACAUAUCAAAGCAUUCAACUGUGCCUUCGUAAUUUGAAUGUUGAAAAAGUUGUUCGAAGAAAAAUUGCUUUGGCUCGCUUUAUGUUAAUAUAUAAGUCAUGUGAAUUUUUCUCUAUUUUGUCGCAAAGAUUGCUUCAUACUAUCAAAGUAUGUAUAACAAUGUAUAAACCUCUUUCAAAGACACGAUUUAAUUCAAAUGUCUAGGAGUCAAAGAUAUUGUAUUCGCAGGAAUAUCAUAAACCAGAAGUUUGCAGUGUUUUCUACACGCGUAAAAACGCACUGGUUAAUUGUAACAAAUCUGCAGCAGACUUGUAGCAAUGCUGUUCCAACAACUUGUCAACAGGAUGUGUUCGCACUGCUUGUUCCCAGCUUGUUGACAACUUGCUACAAGGUUUUUGUGCUCAACAGACUUGCUUCAAGCCGUUCCAACAACUUGUUAUCUGCAGUUCAACAAUUUGUGAGUGACAACCUUGUAGCAACUUGAUAAAACUUGUUGACCAGCUUGCUACAAGCCUGUUGCGAAACUAACCUCACUUGUGUUUUUCAACAGAAUCCAAAGCCAAUUGUACCGACACCAAUUUAAAUCGUUGUCCCUGCCAUGGCGAUCCAGAGCCUAAAACAAGUAAAUAUAAAAUUGAUAUUACUCCAUAGUUAUCUACAUUGCUUUUUAUUGUAGGAAAACAAAGUUCAACAAUUGUGAUUGUUUGUCAUCUUUCUAAUUACGAAACAAAAAUUUUAGUUGUAAUAUAUUCUAAUGGAUUCUCUACUUUCUAAUUGGAAGACAAAUAUUCUAAUUGUGAUUCUAUUUGAUUCUCUACUUGCUAAUUGGUAGAGAAAUGCUCUAAUUGUGAUUCUAAUUUGUUAUCUACUUUCUAAUUGGAAGAGAAAUAUUCUAAUUUUGGUUCUAAUUAUUCGUUCUCAUUCUAAUAUUCAGAUACUGCCGUUCCAACUCCAAAAACGGAUAAAAAUUUAAAUAUCUCUAUAUGAAUUCUCUCUUGUCAUGAAAGAAAAGUUCUAAUUGUUUUUCCUAACCUAUUUGUUUGUCUUCUACUUUCUAGCCAGCGCUACAACAGGAGAACCGGGUACGACUCUUAUUACAGGUAUUGCAUAUUCCUAUAAUGACUUUUAA